AUGAAUGCAACAGUUCAUAUUUUCUAUGGGGAUCGCCACGAAAAGUUAUCCCAAUGGCUUCUUCGCAAACGCGGCCUCUUCCUCAAAGUUGAGCGCAUGACAAGCCUGGCCGAAGCACACACAAUCAUCUUUGUCGCUCAGCACACCAACAUACCUGUCCCUAAAAUACACUGCGCCUUUGUACACAAAGGCCGCAAGUACAUUGUCAUGAGCCGGGUCCGUGGAGACCAGCCGGCACGUGGCUGGCACAAAAGGUCCGAGGAGUCGAAGCAGAAAAUCUUCCAACAGCUGCGCUCCACGCUGCAAGAGCUGCGCGCCGUGCCCCAACCAAACGGCGGCAUGGUGGGCUUAUACGCUUUUAACAUGAUGAAGGUGACAAGGUUGUUUUGA